CCUUUGCAACUAUAACAGCUUCAACUCUUCUGGGAAAUUUGGAACUCACUGAGUUCCUGAGAGCGAUUUCACAAAGCAGUCUCCAUGCCUAGGUGAUUGGUUUUAUAUACCUGUGAUGAAGAAAGUGAUUGGAACACCUGAAUUCAAUGAUUUGGAUGGUAUGAUGCCAUCAUUGACCCCACACAUAUCAGUACCACAGCCCGCCUAUUCCCAGGCCAGGGAGAAUCUGGUGAAAGCUAUCCCACCCAAGCUCCUCUGUCUACUGGCCUGUGGAGGUAAAGAUUGUCGCUAUGAAGGACCAGAGUGCUGGAAGUUAAACCAGCAAGUUAUUCAAGGCACUUUCUCCUCCUGGGUAACGGAUGAUAUAAUUGCCAUGGCAAGACCAUCCAGUUACCUAAUUGAGAAGUACAACAUCAUACAUCAAUUUCAAAGGUUAAACAUCAGAUCGAUCAUUAAUAUGCAGCUCCCAGGGGAGCAUGCUCACUGUGGACCUCCUCUGGACCCUGAAAGUGGUUUCACAUACUCUCCACAGACCUUCAUGGACAAUGACAUUUACUUUUACAACUUUGGGAUGCCAGAUUUUGGCGUGUCAUCUCUUGUUGGGUUAAUUGAUGCAGUGAAGGUUCUGGCCUUUGCGGUGAGGGAAGGAAGAGUGGCUGUGCACUGUCAUGCAGGCCUGGGCAGGACAGGUGUCCUGAUAGCCUGCUACUUAAUCUACACCCUGCGCAUCAGCCCCAGCGAGGCCGUCCACUUUGUGCGGAUUAAACGGCCUCGCUCUAUCCAAACCCGGGCACAGAUAAGCCAGGUGUUUGAUUUUGCUCGGCUGCUUGGCACACAGCUGGUUCAGUACCCAGACCUUAACCUGAGGCAUGGAGCCCCUUUCACCCUGCAGCACUAUCUAAACCGACAAGCACUGCUGCUGCAUGGCCAGGAGGCUCGCAAUCUCAGACAAACACCAAAGGUAGUGUACCUUGUGUGUGUGCGUCUCUCCUGCUUGGCUCUGGGUCUCCCUUCUCCUCCAGAGGUCUAUGCUGAAUUGGAGAAAAGGUCUACAAUUAGGGUCCUGAACAGUGCUGUAAGAGAGACUCUGGUGUCCAAACAUUAUUUGCCCUUGCUGAGAGGUCAUAGAGGCUCGUGGGUGGGCUCAGGGUCAGUGUCCUCCUGGGACGAUCCAUUAGGGUUUUUGGAGCGGAAGAGAGAGGUGCUGAUGGACAAACGCAGCUACAGUGACUCUGACCUGAGCAAAAUCACAGUAAAUGAGGGACUGGAGGUGAAUCCAUACUACACCACAGCACUUGGAGAUGAGAAACACUGGUGCGUACAGGAUCUCAUACGAGCUGAUCUCAGACCAGUUAGUCCGGUCUUUGGUGGUCUCUCAUCAGACUACCAGACCACCAAAAAGGAAACUCACAUACUCAAUAUCCCAAUGUCCAGCAUGAAAACAAGCAGCAGCUGUGCUAAGCGAUCAAAAUGCAAGGCUAAAAAAGCUCUUCCAAAAUACAACUCCAACAUAGAGCUGUGCAGAAAUCUCCAUAACCCAGGCCACACCUCGAUGGCUCGUCCUGUGGCGAAAGCAAUGGCAGAGCAAGGUCCUCCAGGAGAAACAGUUCUGCAAAGGUCGGCUCUGCUGCAGGAGGAACUGAACAGUAGUGAGUGUGGGUGGGCUUUACUGGUCACUGAAUCAGAUCCCCAUGUUCUCUGCUGCCUCUUGUGGACCUGGCUGGAGAAGUUAAGGGAGCCUGUUCUGAGUGCCGAGGAUAUAGAAAGGUUGAGUAUUGGAGCAAGUAACAGGAAUCCUCUCAGUGUGCUCAAGAAGCCACAGAGACACACCAUUUACUGUCUGCUGAGCUGUGUGAGCACAGUGACCAGCCUGUGUCCACACAGGGAGGAGGCAGUUCUUCACCGCCUGAUGCGAGCACUUACAAGGGUAAGACAGUGUGGAAGUUCACGCCCUCAAGUGGAAGUGGAAAGCCUUGCACCUUUAAUGAAAGUCCUGAAGGCCACUUUGAGAGAAACCUUCCAUAACUACAGAUACUUCACUAGAGCCUGCAGUACCAAUGCUACACUUUGAAGAGCAGAGUCCAUAUAAUAACAAAAACUGAUAACCAUGUUUUUUUUAUAGCAGUAUUUAAUCCUGGUUACUCAGUGUGAGCAAAAUCAGGAGGGAUCAUGACUUUUUUGACAAAUCACAGUAGGAAAAGUAGAGGUGCAGUUACAUCUAACUGCUUCAGUUGUAGGAUCCUGUCAGCGUUCUCUGUCACACUGUUAUGGCUUAGCCAACAAUGAAGCUGCACUUGUGUUUCUUUUCCCAAUAUGACAAAAUGGAAAGCCUGCUGUGGAAAAAUGCCUAUUAUAGUGUGGUGUUUGGGGUGCAUCUCGAGCAGAAUUUGACUUCUGAAGACCUCCCUUCCUCUUCAUAUCUCAUCUUUAUUAUCUUACCCUUUUUAAAAUAUCACAAUUUCACAAUAGAUGUGGGCCCAACAACAUGGCUAUCUCCUAAUAUUUUAAAUGUAACAAAUAAAGUGUCAGCUACACAAUCUAACAAGAACUAUAAACUGUCCCACUGUCACAGUCUAAAGUGUGUUAAUGUAGUUCAGUUUUAAGCGCUCUCUCUGACACUAUGAUUUUGUGUUUGUGAUGUAUUCUGCUGAUACCAUCACACACUUCGACAGUUCACUGAGGGCAAUUUAAAUGUACCGGUGUCUAAAAAAAAAAUGAGCUUAAGAUGAUUUCCAGUAGAGGACAUUAAUAUCAAGUCAUCUAUUUGUGUUUCAUUGGAUUCCAAUGAUUGAGACGCCUCCUUAUAUGAAGUCCUUGAAACAACAGUUACUAGGCAAAAAGUAAAAAAAAAAGUCAGGAGUGUACAGCUACGCCUACAACUUCAUCUGUGCCAUGGACUGGUCCUACAUAGAGUGCUGGAAAAGUGGUUAAACUUGAAAUAAAGUUAGAAUUCACUAAUAAUUUUUUAUUGCAACAAACAUUUUAUCGUUUAGUUUAGCCUUGAAUAACAUAUCAGGUACUACCGUUAGUCCAAAGAAGUUAAAUCCAAGCAGUGUGUCCACAGUUUGACCCUGUAGCUGAACAGUAUUUCAUACCUAAUAAAUCAUUUACAACAUCUGCA